UAAUACAAAAAUAAUCGCACUAAUUUAGUUUGUAGCAUUAGUCAUCUGUAGGGAUGUUUUCCCUUGUUUCAGAUGAAGACACAACAACUAUGCAUACAAUAGCAUUGUGUCGUCGUCACUCAGACUUUGAUUUCUCACCUACCUUAUUCUUCAUCAAAAUCCAGUCCUUGGCAUUUCGUGUCCGUUGGCUACGAUGGAUACAUCGAGAUCUCAACAUCAUGAUAUUGCAGGUCUUGGAGUCGGGUCCUUCUCUAGAUAACCAUAUUGACUCACUUGAAGGAAGACUUCUGGUUAGUUUCUGGCUUUCCUGCUCUGUUAUGGAUAACACCUUCUUCUUCUCUUCAACCCCAUUUGAUUUUGAUGGAAUCCAAGGCAGUUUUGGUUCUCUUGAAGGCUUUGAGAAAGCGAAACAAGACCACGUGUUUAAUUUCGAAUCGGGAGAGGGCAGUCCUAUUUCUCCUCGAUAUGGUUUUCAUGAUGGGGACAGAGGUAAUAGAGGAACUCAUUUCUUGAAAGAUCAACUACAGCACCAACAACCCAAGUCAAGAUAUCAGACAUUUGAUGAAUUCAAUUCAACCCUGUUUUCCCAACAACAAAAACAAUCCGAGAAACGGAGAAAGUACAGGGCUUGUACAUCUCCCCACCAGAGUUUCAGAAAUUCUUGAAAACGACAAUCAAAUUCCACAUCCAUCUUCGUUAGCUUUUCUAGAGCUCCUAGAAGAUGAUGGAAUUAGUGGGUUCCAGAGAAUAGAGAUUGCAGGGAGAAAACUCGGAAAAGUUAAGCGAGAUAAGCGCUGAAACUUGUGCUUUUAUCAACCGAGGAAAUCUU